GUUGUACUCGAAUUGUAAAACAAUGUGAACUCCCAAUUUUUUCUGUUUGGACACCUCCAAUUAGAAAUAGUCUGAAAGGGAGAGGAAAACUGUUAUCUUUUGGAGUUAAUUUAGCGAAGAGAUUAUCAAUUAAGUGUGGUGUUUAUGAGGAAAGGGAUAGUAGUGGUAGUGCAGCUGGGUUUGAUGUGAGCAAUGCUAUAAAGGAUGAUUUAUUUGAUAUCUCUCUCCUUCAUGGCCUGGGAAUCAAAUUUGUUCUUGUACCCGGAACUCAUGUCCAAAUUGAUAGGUUUCUGGCUGAAAGAGGAAGUGAGCCCAAAUAUGUAGGCCGCUACAGAGUUACAGACACCGAUUCACUGAUGGCUGCAAUGGAUGCAGCUGGUAGGACUCGUCUUAUGAUAGAAGCAAAGUUGUCUCCUGGGCCAUCAUUGACUGGUGUCCGCCGGCAUGGAGAAAAUAGUCGCUGGCAUGAUGGUGUUAGUGUUGCUAGUGGUAAUUUUAUAGCAAUGAAGAGAAGAGGUGUUGUAGAAGGAAUCGAUUAUGCAGCGACUGGUGAAGUAAAGAAGAUAGAUGUUUCUCGAAUUCGUGAGAGGCUUGAUCAGGAUAGCAUCGUAUUAUUAAGCAAUCUUGGUUAUUCCAGCUCUGGAGAAGUUUUGAACUGCAACACAUAUGAAGUUGCCACAGCUUGUGCCUUGGCUCUAGGAGCGGAGAAACUGAUUUGUAUUAUAGAUGGUCCAAUUCUUGACGAGUCCGGGCGCCUUAUUCGUUUUUUAACUCUUCAAGAUGCUGACAUGCUGGUUCGCAAACGAGCAGAACAAAGUGAGACAGCAGCUAAUUAUGUGAAAGCUGUUAGUCAAGAGGACUUCCAUUGUUUAGGUCAAAAGGGUUCCAAUGGAUCAGUCUCUUCCUACAAUAUGAACGGUUUUAGCCAACGAUACAGUGUCACAUUUCAGAAUGGUGUUGGUUUUGAAAAUGGGAAUGGGCUUUGGUCCAGUGAGCAGGGUUUUGCCAUUGGAGGACAAGAGAGGCUAAGUCGACUAAAUGGUUAUCUUUCAGAGUUAGCUGCAGCUGCUUUUGUGUGCAGAGGAGGUGUUCAAAGAGUUCACCUGCUGGAUGGUACUAUUGGUGGAGUUUUACUAAAGGAAUUGUUCCAAAGAGAUGGAGUUGGGACAAUGGUAGCUAGUGAUCUUUACGAAGGAACACGAGUGGCUAGGCUGUCAGAUAUUUCUGGGAUCAAACAAUUAUUACAACCUCUAGAAGAGUCUGGAACAUUGAUCAGAAGGAGUGAGGAAGAGCUUGUGGAGGCGCUGCAUUCAUUCAUUGUUGUGGAGAGAGAAGGGCACGUUAUAGCUUGUGCUGCUCUCUUUCCUUACUUUGAAGAAAAAUGUGGAGAGGUUGCUGCUAUUGCUGUUUCUCCUGAUUGUCGUGGCCAAGGACAAGGGGACAAAUUACUUGAUUACAUUGAGAAGAAGGCAUCCUCCCUUGGAUUGCAAAUGCUGUUCCUGCUUACAACUCGCACAGCUGAUUGGUUUGUGAGGCGCGGUUUUUCUGAAUGUUCCAUCGAACGCAUACCAGCUCAAAGAAGGAAAAGGAUUAAUCUCUCUCGUAGGUCGAAGUAUUACAUGAAGAAGCUGCUACCUGAUAGAAGUGGUAUACGCUUCGACAGCCCCUUUUCAUAAGAACAAAAAGGAGUUUCUUAUCUCUAUAGCGGCUCUGCAAUAAGCUUGGAUUAAGUGGACAAUCCUUGUUAUCCUGUAUCGGAUAAGUGUAAUCAUAGCAAAGAAGUAUAAAAAGAUGUGCCUGUAUAGUAAGUACAAAUAUAAAAUUUCAGGUUUGUAAUAUUGUCUGCUUCAUAAAGUGGCCUAUACUUGAUUUGGCUGCUAAUAUUCAUCUGUC